AUGUACAUUUUCGUGGCUCUGGCUACCUUUGAGUGCUUCCUCUAUGGGGUAAUGGCUUACGACCGAUACACAGCUGUGUGCAAGCCCCUGCUCUACACCACUACCAUGACCAGGGCGCGUUGCUAUGGCAUGAUGGUGCUGGUGUACACCAUCGGGUUCCUCACCUCCCUGGUGCACAUCACACUGGCAGGGAGGUUGUCCUUCUGUCAGGCCAGGAGCAUCAACCACUUCUUCUGUGAGCUGCCCACCCUCCUGCAGCUCUCCUGCUCAGACACAAGCACAAAUGAGGUCUUGCUUUUUUACAACACUGUGUUAAACACCGUGGGCCCUCUCCUCAUGAUCCUGGUGUCCUACACCUACAUCCUCCACACCGUCCUGCAGAUCCCUUUGGCCACGAGGAGGCUGAAGGUCUUCUCUACCUGCGCCUCCCACUUGGCUGCCAUCACCAUCUUCUACGCACCCGCGAUCCUCACCUAUGUCCAGCCUCAUGAGGCAUCCUCAUGGGAUCAGGCAAAGCUGGUGUCGCUGUGUUACUCCAUCCUCACCCCAGCCCUCAACCCCCUCAUCUACA